CCGGACCACAUGCGUCAAGAUCGCGAGUUAGUAGUCAAAUAUAAUUGGUCAUUAUUACUAGACUUCGUGACAAUCAGACGUUUCAUAAGUGUUCAUAAAAGUUAGUGUAACUAUAUGUGUGCCAAAAACAUCACAAGAUCUGAAUACAAUGAAGGAAUCAGCAUGGAUAGCGAUCUGGUCUAUGUUAUUUUUUGCUAUCAACGCAGAUAUAAAAUGCAAAUUCGAAGAUGAUGGAGGCAUGAUGUUCCAUAUGUGUAACGCAACUGGUUCUAGUGAUAACAUUUUACGUAGAGGACUUGUGUCAGACAAGAGAAAAACUUUUCAUAUAAUACUAAUGCAAUGCAAGAUUAUAAGGAUAGAACAAGAAGCAUUUUAUAGACUGCCAGCAUUAGCUAUUUUAGAUUUAGGAGAAAAUAAAAUAGAAAGUUUACCUAUAGGAGUAUUUGACAGACUUCCAUCAUUAUCGCGUUUAAAUUUAUCUUACAACCUCCUUACAGAAUUACCUGAUAAUAUAUUCAACCAUAAUACAGAGUUAUCUGUAAUAGAUUUAGAAGGAAAUAAAUUACAUACACUCAAACCUGGUCUAUUCGAUUCUUUAUGGAGAUUGUCACAAUUAGAUUUGAGUCAUAAUAUGUUUACAGGAAAAGAAAUAGUGCCUCAAUUAUUUGAAAGAAAACGUGAUAUAUCAAUAUUAUCUUUAUCCGGUAACGAUAUGGCUGAAGCUAAUUUCUUAUCAAUCAUGAACAAUUUAAACUAUUUAUAUAUGGAUGGUUGUUCUUUAAAAGUAGUACCUGAUCUUGCAACUGCUGAGAAUAUGAAACAAUUAAGACAUUUAAGUUUGGCUUCUAACGAAAUAACGUCUAUAGACGACGCUAUGAUUUUUAGCAAAUUAAAAGAUGUGAUGAAAAUAAAUUUAUCAAAGAAUCAACUUGAAUUUAUUCAUAAAGAUGUAUUCAAAAAUCUAAGAUAUCUUGAAGAGAUCGAUUUAAGAUAUAAUAAAUUGACCACACUACCUGUAGAUAUGUUCCAAAAUAUACCUAAAUUAUAUGAACUAAAGUUAUCGUAUAAUUUAUUAACUGAUAUUCCACUUAAUGCAUUCGCUGGUACUGAAUUAAAGAGACUUAGUUUUGAUAAUAAUAACAUAACGCAUUUACAUGAAAAUUUCCUUUUGAAAAUAGAAGAUGCUGGGUUAAUGCUUAAGAUAAUGCAUUUCGGAAACAAUCCAUGGCAAUGCGCUUGUCUUAGAGAACUACUAAGAGAGGUGAAGGAAAUGGAUGUAAUUUACGAUACAAAUACAUACGACGGGAAGCAUCCUGUUUGUGUUACAACAAAAAACUUUUAUUGCAGAAGAGACGCAGCAGCGCACGAUCAAUUUAUACGUAUGUACAAUGAAAAUAUACGAUGAUGUUUUUUUUUUAUUUUAAGGCCUGUAACUUUAAGAAACCAGAGACAGAGAAGAAUGAAAAAGAAUCGAAAUUUAAAAGGCAGAUUUGUAAUUAAAAUAAUGCUGCAUUUAA